AUGAACCAGGGGCCCGGCUCUGGCCCGGGCUCCCUCCCAACACCCUUUGCCCCUUUCCAAACAAACCUGCUUCUGGAACCCCAAGUGACCUUGAGGGCCGGCAGGAAAACACACACCGCCGCCCCGAGGUUCUCCCUGCUGAGGGACCCCAGCCCCCAGGCCCUGAAGCCCUGGGAGUCGGUGAAGUCGAAGCACCUGAACCGGAGGGCCCUGCAGAGGACACUGGUGCCCACGCGGUCCAUCCCCGUCAAAGGAAUAGGGGCCCCAACGUUGGCAUCGCCGUCCAGCCUCUGUCCGCCACCCGUGCCGUCACCAAUGAGCUACCUUUGGGAACUCCAGCUCCUGAGCCGCCGCUUCGCCGGACCCGUGGCCAAGUGCUGACUGCAGACCCCCCUCCCCCAAGAUCCCCGCACCCCGAGACCUCAGUGAGGGCCAGCCCUGUGCCGGAGGGAGCCCCAUGGCGCUUCUGGGGUGGCCAUAGGGUUCUCCGUUCUGGACCG